AUGCCCAUUGUGUAUCAUCCACUCGUUCACAAACUCAAAGGACAGAUAGGUGAAGUCCAGGUAAAUGAACUUCUACUCGAAUUCUGGACGGGUAGUCAACUGUUGACCGACUUGGACGAGUUACGUGUCGGCGGCGAGAAACCCGUUCAGGAUUAUUAUUCGUUGCGCGCCGUAGCUCAAGGAUUCGGUCCGUUCUAUGAAAAUUUGCAACGAGCCAUUAUGUGGAUUGAAAACGAAAUGAACUCCGUCAAUGAUAACCCGCUAGUCGAUGUCGACGAAAACAAAAUUCACCACAAUGCCAAUUUCACGGGUUACUAUGUGACCGAUGCGUGCGACAUUCUGAAAAUGAGCAUCGCUCAGGCGUCGACGUGGCUCUAG